AUGCCUCUGCUGCCCGGGCUGCGCUGGAGCCGUGCGCUCCUCUCCUGCUUGGCGCUGGGGCUCCUGUCCGCCGCGGCCGCCAGGGACUCGGCUUCCCGCAGCCCCCCGCCGCUGCUCCAAGCCCAGGUUCGGGAGGACUCCCGGCCGGGCAGCCGAGUAGCCGGGCUCAGGCUGUGCGGAGCGGGGCUGCGGGCGGCCGGAGCCGGGCUCCGCUGCGAGCUGUCCGGCCGCUCGCACUCGGACUUCCGCCUGUGGCCCCGCUCCGCCUGCAGCGUGGUGCUCCGGACCGGGGCUCCCCUGGACCGGGAGGUUCGCUCCGCUUACCUGCUGAGGCUGAGCUGCUCCUGGGGGAAUGGGGAGAACCCCGGCGCCCGGUCAAGGGUCCCGGCCGCUCUGCUUCGAGUGAGGGUCCGCGAUGUCAACGACAACCGGCCGGUGUUCAGCCCAGGGCUCGCCCGGAGGCUGGAGGUGGACGAGCUGACCGCCGUCGGCACGGAGCUCGCCCGUGUCACCGCCACCGAUCACGAUGAAGGGAGCAACGCCGCAAUCACCUACAGCCUGACCCCGGCGGUCCCUCAGCUGUUCGUGGUGCCGGGCACUGGUCAGAUCCUGGUUGUAGACUCCCUCCUGGGGGCGCUGCCCCUCCGGCUGUCGGUGUACGCCCGGGAUAAAGGUGCGGACGCCCAGCUCAGCGAGCCCCUGACCGUGCUGCUGCUGCAGCCGGAGCUCCCUGCCGGGCUCAGGAGAGAGACUCGCUCACUGCCCCAGGAGAUGGUCCACUCGGUCACUGUGCCUGAGGGUGAUAAGCUCGGCAAUGUCAUUUACACUGUCCCCGACUGGAAGUUUGAGAGGCGCUGGUUUGAAGUGAUCGCCCCGGACGAUGCCCCGGUCCAGAUCGAGAGGGAUUCCGGCAAAGUUUACUUAUCCAAGAGACUUCGCGGCACGUCGACCGUCCAGAUAACUGUCAAAGUGAGCAAUCAGAAAGGUGAAGACUGGUACUUAUCCCAUUUGACAAUCAACGUGCUGAGAGAAAGCUUUCCGGAGUGGACUAUGCAGCCAUUCCCCUAUCUAACAGUGGUACCUUCAGAUGCUCCUAAAGGUACACCUGUAUUCCAGCUUUCUGCAAGGGAUGAUUCAGAUCACUCCACUGAUGGGAUGGAAUACAUUUUAACAGAAGGUGGAGAAGAGAGAUUUGAAGUUGACAAGAGUGCAGGCACCAUCAGGACCACUGGUUCAACGCUGCUCAGACACAAUGAAUAUGUUUUAACUGUGAUGGCUGUCAACAAGCGGGGUAACAAAGGCCCUCCUGCAUCUAUUUUCAUUCUGGUUGGCUCCAGACCCCCACAAUUUACCAAUGUGUCCUACAGUGUCUUUGUUUCCGAAAAUACACCAGCAGGAGAACCAUUGACAAUUGUAGAAGCCAUUUCAUUCCAGAGGAAGCCUCUGUCAUACUCAUUGCUGAUCAAUCCCACCAGUCUGUUCAGUAUCAAUCAGGACAAUGGGGAGCUGAGUCUGUUACACAGCAUUGAUUUUGAAAGUGAACACCACCUCUACCAUCUAUUGGUGCGGGUACUGGAAACUGGCACAGGACUCAGCAGUGUCACCGAGGUAGUAAUUCAUAUCACUGAUGAAAACGACUGUACACCUGAGUUCCUGCAAUCUAUCUACAGCCGUGACAACGUCCCUGAAAACAUUCCCAUUGGCACUUCUUUGUUGCAAGUUCUGGCACAGGAUUGUGACACUGGGCUCAAUGCAGAGAUUUCCUACUUCUCCCAGGAUGCAGAGUUUACCAUUACCCCUCAGGGACUCAUCAGCCCAAAGCAACAGUUGGACUAUGAGCGACCAAACCACAUGUAUGAAUUUGUUGUUGCAGCUGUAGACAAAGGCAAUCCCGCUCGAACUGGAACUGCAUCAGUGAGAAUCAGGAUGACUAACAUCAAUGAUGAAGCCCCUGUAUUUUCACAGAGCAUAUACAAGACAUUUCUUUCGGAGGAUGCUGGACCUAACAGCCUGGUUGCUACAGUUCAUGCAAAGGAUCCUGAUGGUGACAGUGUUAUCUAUACAAUCUCAGGUGGCAACGAAGACAACAAUUUUGAUCUCGACAAUCAGAAAGGUAUUAUCAAACUUCGUAGAAGUCCACUGCCAAAGCUUCAAGGACCUCAGUAUGUGCUGAAUAUUACAGCAACAGAUGACAAUACCUCAGGAGGGUCCACACCCCUCAGCAGCAUUGCUCAAGUCAUUGUGGGGAUCAAUGAUGUGAAUAACAAUAAGCCUGUGUUUUCAGAGUGUCUAAAAUACAGUGAAGAUGCCUGUGUCUUGGAAAACCAGCCUCCUGGAACAUUUGUACUACAGGUCAGGGCCUAUGAUGCUGAUCUUGGUGUAAAUGGACAGGUGAAGUAUGGACUCAUGAUUCGUGAAGGAGUUAUUCCAGGUUUUCACAUAAAUCCAGACACUGGAUCUAUUACCACAACGCAGAGUUUUGAUAGAGAGAAUCAGCGAGAAUAUACUGUGUCAGUAACAGCGACGGACCAGGCUGAGGAGCCACUGAUCGGCAUUUGUCAGAUGAUCAUACUCAUAGCUGAUGAAAAUGAUAAUGACCCAAAAUUUGAGAACAGUCGUUACCAAUACUACUUGCGUGAAGACACACCAGUUGGCACUAGUUUCCUGCGUGCAGCAGCUCAUGAUGAUGACCAUGGAAUCAAUGCAGUCAUCACUUACUCGAUAUCCAGGCAGCAGCCGGAGUACUUCCAGAUCAGUCCCAGCACAGGAUGGAUUUAUGUCAACCAUCCCAUUUCUCAGAUUGCUCAUAUCAGUCGUCAAAUAAUAGCAACUGACGGAGGCAAUCGAAGUAGCAGCGUAGAACUAACUGUUACUAUCACUAAUAUACAUAAUCAGCCACCCCAGUGGGAGCAGGAAGAAUAUCAAGUAACUAUCCCUGAGAACACUACUCGUGACUUGAGGAUUGUGACUGUCAAGGCAACAUCUCCUCUUGGUGACCCACGAGUUACAUACAACCUGGAAGAAGGCCAGGUUCCAGAAACAAACAUGCCAAUCCGAUUCUACCUGAAACCCAAUCGUGCUGAUGGAUCAGCCUCUAUUUUAGUGGCAGAACCACUAGAUUUUGAGGUUACAAAAUUUUUCAUCCUUAGAGUCAGGGCUCAGAAUGUGGCUGCAGUUCCAUUAGCCUCCUUUACCACCAUCUUUGUCAAUGUGACAGAUGUGAACGACAAUGUUCCUUUCUUUACCUCAUCCAUUUAUGAAGCCACGGUCCCUGAAGGUGCUGCAGUUGGUCUGUCUGUUGUGCAGGUAUCAGCAACUGAUCUGGAUUCAGGACGCCAUGGAAAGAUUAAUUAUGCUAUAGUGAAGGAUGUCAGUGGAGACUAUAAUUACUUCAGCAUUGAUUUUGAAACAGGAAUAAUAUUCACGCAGACAUCCUUUGACAGAGAGGUGAAAGGGUCUUAUUUGAUAGAAGUUCAAUCUCAAGACAACUCUGAGUCUGCUCGGCCUGGCAUGCAUGGACAGCCCAAUACUGAUACAGCAUAUGUGAGGAUUUUUGUCAGUGACGUGAAUGACAAUGCACCAGCCUUCCCACAGGAAACCUAUACAAUAAACAUAGAUGAGGACAAAGACAUUGGCUUUGUUGUUAUCACUGUUUCUGCAAAUGAUGGAGAUGAAGGGGCAAAUGCAAAAUUGAGAUAUCAGAUCACCUCAGGGAAUGUUAAAGGAAUGUUUGAUGUGGAGCCAGAAGUUGGAACAAUCUUUAUUGCUCAACGACUAAAUUAUGAACAAGAACAACACUAUGAGCUGAGGCUUGUGGCUUCAGAUGGAAAGUGGGAAAACCAAACGUUAGUGAUUAUCAAUGUCAUCAACAAGAACGAUGAGGCACCAAUCUUCACACAGAAUGAGUAUCACGACAGCAUUAUGGAGGAGCUUGUAGACCUUCCAGUUCUUGUCUUACAGGUUUCAGCUACUGAUCCAGACCAGGGAGCAGACCAGAAUGCCUUACGUUAUUCCCUCCAUGGCCAGGGGGCUAACAGUGAAUUUACCAUUGAUGAGCUUACUGGCAAAAUCUAUGCAAGAAAAAAGUUAGACCGCGAGGAAAGAUCCAUCUGGCGCUUCCUUGUUCUAGCCACUGAUGAAAAUGGUGAAGGACUCACUGGUUUUUCUGACGUAAUUGUUGAGGUGCUCGAUGUAAAUGACAAUCUGCCACUCUUUCUAUGUGCUUUUGAUGGCUGCUUCAUUGGAUAUGUUCCAGAAAACUCCCCAGCAGACACUUCUAUUAUGGAGAUGAUUGCGACAGAUUUAGAUGACCCCAAGACUGGGAAAAAUGCUGUGUUAAUAUAUAGAAUAAUCCAGAAUGUUCGAAAUGAAAUUAAUCUCAACCUGUUCUCCAUCAAUUCUUCCACUGGAACUAUAUACACUGUGUUGGGUUCCCUGGACAGAGAGAAAGAAAAUAAAUACCUAAUUGUGAUAGAAGCUCGAGAUGGAGGUGGAUUGACAGGAACAGGGACAGCCACCAUUUUGGUUACAGAUGUGAAUGAUCAUGCUCCAGUCUUCACACAAGAUCUCUUCAGAGCAAAGGUUUCUGAAAAUACUGAGAUCCACACUGAGAUUUUUGUUGUUUCUGCCACUGACAUGGAUGAGGGAGAGAAUGCCCUGAUGACCUUCAGUAUCAUAGAUGGCGAUGAAGAUCAUAAAUUUUUCAUUGAAACAAAUCAAGUCAAAAAAUUUGGUGUAAUCAAAUUAAAGAAAAAACUGGAUUAUGAGAAGUCUCAUGAGAGAAGGUUCAAUUUAACUAUUAAAGCUGAAGAUGUGGACUUUUAUAGUGUAGCCACUUGUAUCAUUGAUGUGGAGGAUUACAAUGAUCACACUCCAAUCUUCUUUCCACAGCUUUAUGAAGCUGAUCCAUUGCUGGAAGAUGUUUUCAUUGGCACUAGAGUUGUCCAGGUAACAGCUGUCGAUUUGGAUUCUGCCCAGAAUGGAAAGUUUACUUACAACAUCACUGGAGAUUCAGAUCCACAUGGGCAGUUUUCUGUUGACAGUAAUGGAUGGGUAACCAUAGCCAGUGCUCUAGAUCAUGAGCUAAUGCCACAGCAUCACCUUGUGGUGCUGGCCACUGACCUGGGAAAUCCAGCUCUAACUGGGAGUGCAGGUGUUGUUUUAACUGUGCUUGAUGUCAAUGACAAUGGGCCAGAAUUUGAUGUCCUUUAUACACCGAUUGUCUGGGAGAACACAGCUGCACCUCAAGGAAUCCAGUUCAAUCAAACAUCAACAUUGAUGUAUGCCAAAGACAAAGAUAGCCCAGUGAAUGGAGCACCCUUCUCAUUCACUUUAUCAACUCAAGACAGCCAUUCUGCUGACUUCGCCUUGAAAGACUUUGGCAACGGCAGCGCUGGUCUCACAGCACUCCGUAUGUUUGACAGAGAGGACCAAAAGAUCUUCUACGUGCCGGUGAUUAUUACUGACAGUGGAUUCCCGCCCAUGAGUUCCACAAACACUUUAACCAUCACAAUUGGAGAUCUGAACGAUCAUCCCCAUUCAUCUGGUUUUAUGGAAUUUCUGGUUUAUAAUUACAAUGGUCUACUUGGUACUACUAAGCUAGGCAAGGUACAAGCGCCUGAUCUAGAUGACUGGGAUGAUAAAAGAUACAGAUUUGAAGGAACACCUCCAAGAAAUUUUAUCCUCAAUGAAAAUUCUGGUUCGCUGCAUAUUAUUGAAGACACACCCUCUGGAGUGUAUAACUUUCAGGUCAAAGUUGCAGAUGGCACCUGGCCAGAUGUAAUUUCAACAAUAAAAGUUGUUGUCAAAGAAUUGGAAGAAGAUGCCACAUAUCACGCUGGCUCACUUAGACUGACUGAUACCACAGCAGAGGAGUUUAUCUCCCAGUCAGCUGCUGCCGAGAGCAAAUACACCAAGCUAAGGAGAGUUUUAUCAGAAAUUCUUUCAGCACAGCUGGAUAACAUUCAUAUUUUCAGUGUUGUGAAUGUGAAUGGCCAGUUUAGAGAAGUAGACAUUUGGUACGCAGCACAAGGGUCUCCAUUUUACAAGGCUGAAAAAAUGAACGGCAAUGUGGCAGCUUCUAAAGCCAUGCUAGAGGUUAUUUUAAAUGUCAGCAUAUCCCAGGUUGCUGUGGACGCAUGUGUGAAUGCAAACUGUGGCACAGCUCCUGGCUGUACAAGCAGCACCACUUUUAGCCCAACUCCAACUGUGCUGAAUGCUGGAAACUUUUCCCUAGUUUCCAUAACAGCAUUCACUACUGCUCAAUGUGUCUGUGAAGCUCGGGAAAGGCAGAGGUUGUCUUGUUCCUCAUAUCCAAUUAAUCCAUGUCUAAAUGGCGGCACUUGUAUUGAUACUGAUUUGGGCUUCAGGUGUGAAUGUAUUCCAAUGUUUGAUGGGCCAGAAUGUCAGCAGACAAAGUACACAUUUAAAAGCCAUGGUUAUGCCUGGUUUCCUCCCAUAAAGCCUUGUUUCAACAGCCUAAUUUCACUCGAGUUCCUCACUGAAAUUGCCAGUGGGCUUAUUCUUUAUAAUGGACCACUCACUCCAGUACAUUCUGGAGAGCUUGAAGACUUCAUUGCAUUAGAGCUUAGGAAUGGAAUUCCGUCACUCAACAUUAGCCAUGGUUCAGGAUCUCUCCAUCUCCAACUUCCACCAGGUAUCUUUGUUGCUGAUCGGCACUGGCACAGGCUGGAUGUAGAGAGUGAUGGAAAGAGAGUGAAAAUGAUCCUUGAUCAUUGCACUGGUGCUGCUGUGAAUGAGAAGGAAGGCACUGGCAAAGGAUUGUCAGAAAUGGACCGUAAUGUCUGUGAAAUUUCAGAAGAAACUCCUGGAGAAGCAAGAUUUCUAAACGUUUACCAACCCCUUCAGCUGGGUGGAAUCAAAGAGUCACUAUCAAACCGCAAUGAUCAACGUGCUUUCACUGGGUUCAUAGGAUGUAUAAGAAAUUUAAUUGUUGAUAGUAAGGUGUAUGACCUGGCAAAUCCUGCAGAAUUCCUAAACAGUACCCCAGGCUGUGCAGUGACGGAUGGAGUUUGCCGUAGUGCUGGGACAUACUCUUGUGGUAUUCAUGGCAAGUGUUUAGGAGAAUGGGGUUCCUUCAGCUGUGACUGUAAACCAGGCUAUACCGGAUAUAAGUGUGACAAAGCUUUGCCUGAAUGGUCCUUUGAAAAGGACAGUCUGAUUCAGUACCAGCAGAAAGGAGCACUUAGCACUCGCAGAACACAAGUGCAGCUGAUGCUUCGUACCCGACAUCCCAACUGUUCACUCUUCAGUCUAGCAUCUAAGGACACCAGUGAAUACAUUAUAUUGGAGAUUACUGGUGGAUAUUUUGGGAUCCGUGUCAACCUUGGUGAUUGGGAACAUUCAUUGAAACUGCAAACAAUGCGUGUGGACAACGGCCAGUGGUCCCUCCUAAACAUGGAUCGACAUGACAAUGAAUUUACAUUACACCUUAACGAUGGAGGGGGAGCCCAUCAGGUGACAGCUUCUCUUGGCAUCCACAGAGAAAUAGUCAUCAAUCCUUCAAGUCUGGUGCUGGGUAAAAGCCUUCUGGAGCAUUCACCAAAUUAUUUCCAAGGCUGCAUGCGUGAUGUUCGACUAAAUGGUCAUCUCUUACCACUGGAUGGAACAAAUACAAUGUUAACUGCUACCCUUGAACGACAGGGUAUAACAGUUGGCUGCCACUCAGAUGCCUGUAGCAGCAGGCCCUGCUCUGUUCCAUUUUAUUGUGUGGAUUUAUGGAGAAAAUAUGAGUGCAGGUGUCCAAGUGGUCAAGUGUUGGUGAUUAGUAAUGGUACAGGCGUUGAACACUGUGCAAUGUUGCCGUGUGGAGCAUGGACAUGUCGGAACGGGGGCACAUGUGUUGCUCAAACACUGGAUAUGUUUGUCUGCCAUUGCAAAGAAGGUUACAAAGGACAGCAGUGUGAGAUCAGCAUGGUGACUUCAGGAAUUCCAGCAGUGCUGAACAUCAACUCUAUCCUAGCUGUCAGCACGUGCCUCCUCCUCUUAUUAGUUCUGGUAAUUGGCUUCAGUGUAUGGGGCAUGUGUGGAAAAACCAAAUUCCAGAAAGGAGGAGUUUAUCACAUACCUGUUGAGCAUGAAAGUUGGGAGGAUGUACGGGAAAAUAUUCUAAAUUAUGAUGAAGAAGGAGGUGGAGAAGAAGACCAGAAUGGUUAUGACAUCAGUGAGUUGAAGAAACCCUUGCGAGCAAGUCUGUCUCAAUCUCCAUCAAUAACGAUUGCUCCUCUGGUAAAGGCCUCUCCUGAAUCACAAGAAGAGAAACCAGACAAUUUGAAAACUCAUCCAAACAUGAUCUUUUCUGAGACAAUUCAAUCCAAUACUCCAGACUUCAAAAACUAUGUGGCCCGGAUUAUUUGGGAUGCAGAUAAUGAUCUGAGAGCAAUUCCUGAGGACACAGUGCAUGUUUACUGCUUUGAAGGACGAGGCUCACUAGCAGGAAGCCUCAGCUCAAUGGACACGUCCAAUGUAGAUGAGGACUUGAAUUAUGACUAUCUCAGAGACUGGGGCUCGAAGUUUGACAAAUUGAAAGAAUUUUGUUCCCAGAAACAGGGCAAUGGGGUGUAAUGGAAAAAGUAUCACCAACAACACUGAGAUAUUUGAAAAUCCUAUCAUAUCAUUGGAAAGAUCAGUUCAUGAUCUCCUUUUCAUAUUUUUGUUCAAGUAAUCAGAAAUAUUGAGUUCUGUAAAUAAGAGUGAGAUAAACUGCAAGUUGUGCCUCUUCUCAUAUAGACUUUGAAACAAGGGGCAUUCUGGUAGUUCCUGACAGUAACAAUUAAACAAGAAAAUAUAUUAUGGCCAUGGAUUUUAUCUUGCUUGCUCUGUCGGAGUAAAGGCUGUAGGAGACAGUAGCCAAAGAUGAUGUUCAGUCCUGCAUAAUCAAUGACCAACGUUCACAAGGCAACUGAUCUUCCAAACGAUUCUGACGUAUUUUAUUCCUUUAAAAGGAAAGUUGCAAAAUGCAAAUUGAUUGUUCCAGUAUUAGAAACUCAGAUGCCAUGAAUUAUGAUGUUUAAAUUAUACUGAUCUUCCUGAUGAACAUAAAAUCAACUGUCCUAAUCAAAGCCCUAUUCCAUAUCACUUCAGUAGUGGGUAUGUUAUGUGAAAUGUGAAUAUAAUUUUUAGUGUUAACCACUACUCACAAUCAAAUACUUUCUGAGAUUCACCAACUUCAAAUUGUGCUUUUCUACAUUUGAGACAGCUAUUCCUCAGAAAAUCAGUAUGAGUGCAAAUCAGUAAUGUCCUGUUUUGAAAGUUAAGUUAUUUUUGUACUAUAUUUUCUUUGAGAUGACUAUGGUACUUUAAAUAUUACUUUUAGAUGUAUUUAUUUUGUGCAUGUAUAUGUUCUGUGUUGAACUGAAUUUUAAUGUAUUAUGAUUGUUUUGUUAUAACUGAUUAGCAAUGCAUGGUGCUCUGACAUACAAAUCCAACCUGAAUAUUAGACUGUUAUUGAGAUUUACUAACGAGAAUGCAAAGCCUUACCAUGAUAAACUUAAUUGUACUAUGGCAUUGAAGGAAUAAUUCCACAGAUGUAAAAGUAGAUGCUGUAAUUCAUUUCUUGAAUGCAACAAUUGGACAAUUGAAUGAUAGAGGCACCAUGGCAACAAAGAUAGUUUUUUUAAAGUAAUGGAUUAAGGAAAAGUACUGCCAACAGUUACUUGGAACUAAUAUUUUGAGAACUAUGCAUGAUCCCUGAGUGUGACAGUAUAUUUUCAACUAUGGCUAGAAUAAACAAAA